AUGUUGUCGCUGUUCGCGGCUCUCUCGCUCACCGUCGUCUACCGGGUGACGCUAAAUCUGCCGGGAUUACCGUAUUCCAGCGAGCUACGACACCCUGGAUCUGUCGAAUUCCUCAAUACUUCGAAACAUUUGGUGGAAGGGGUUGAGCAUAUUUUGCGGAGUAUUCCGGGCGAUCACCGGGCUACCGUACUGCAAUACCGAUACCACAAAGAAGUGGGUACCUUCGGCCAUGUCGACGUCUAUUCGGAUACGGUAGACGCGCGGAUACGAAAAGCCUUCGACCAGGCGAUCAGGGUCGGAAAGAUUGGAACGUUUGCCGUGUCGCCGGAUGGAUAUGAGAUGCAUGUCAUUAAAGCCUCCAACACUUCAUGCAACCCGGAAGAAUUUUCGUGCGCUGAUGGAAGCUGUAUUGAGGCGAAGAGACGCUGCGACGGCCACGCCGAUUGCGCCGACCAUUCCGAUGAGCGGUCCCGCCAUGCGAAAUGCAACCGCCAUGCGCCCAUCAUCUUCCAAAAGCAGAAGACGAUCCGCGUGCGGCCCGGCGGACAGCUCGUCCUCGCCGCCGUCAUCGACAUGGUGCCCCACGAUCGACAGGUAGUCUGGUCCCGCCACGGCCACAUCCUCGGCCAGGGUGCCCUGACGACCACCGAAGACUCGCGAAUCCACGUAUAUCAUAACCACGACGAAUACUCGCUACACAUCGACUAUAUGAAUCGACAGGAUGAGGGCGAAUAUCUUGUAACUGUGGAGGGGAUGGGCGUUGAGGCCAAGUUCCACGUCGAAAUCUCGUCCGAACAUCUCCCAGAACAAACCGAGGGCUGCCCAGAUGGAGAGCGAGCUUGCAAGUCUGGUCACUGCAUCCCGACGCACCAAUUCUGCGACCGCGAACGGCAAUGCCCCGAUGGGGACGAUGAGCACGAUUGUCCAACCGUCAUCUGCGCCCGCAACGAGCUCCGCUGUGCUGUUGACAACGUCUGUAUGCCUUUGACCGUCCGAUGCGAUGGGUGGAAGGAUUGUGCGGAUGGAACUGAUGAAUUGGCUUGCCCCGCUACUAAAGCUGUCAAGGUUCCCGGCGCUAAGUCGGUUGCCUCCAAGCCUACUGUAACCUGCGCUGAUGGUUCUGCUCCGGAAUAUUCGCUG